AGGCGGCCUAGCUGUACACGUGAGCGCACCCGUGCCCGCCUUCCUAGCCACGUGACUCCCGGCUCCGCGCUUGCUCCACUACAGCCUUCCUAGCUCUUACUGCCAGAAUCCGGCGUUAUGGCUGCCGCCGUUAUCCGCGCCGCUUCUCUCUCCCAGUUGUUUCCCCUUCUCCUGUUCCUCCUGCUCCUCUCUGCUCCGCAAGGCGGCAGCGGCCUGCACACCAAGGGCGCCCUUCCCCUGGAUACAGUCACUUUCUACAAGGUCAUUCCCAAAAGCAAGUUCGUCUUGGUGAAGUUUGACACCCAGUACCCGUAUGGUGAGAAGCAGGAUGAGUUCAAGCGUCUGGCUGAAAACUCAGCUUCCAGCGAUGAUCUCUUGGUGGCAGAGGUGGGGAUCUCAGAUUAUGGUGACAAGCUGAAUAUGGAGCUGAGUGAGAAAUACAAGCUGGACAAGGAGAACUACCCAGUCUUCUACCUCUUCCGGGAUGGGGACUUUGAGAACCCAGUCCUAUAUAGUGGGGCAGUUAAGGUUGGAGCCAUCCAGCGCUGGCUAAAAGGACAUGGGGUUUACCUAGGUAUGCCUGGUUGCCUGCCUGCGUACGACACCCUUGCUGGAGAGUUCAUCAGGGCCUCUGGUAUGGAGGCCCGCCAGGCCCUCUUGAAGCAGGGGCAGGACAGCCUUGCAAGUGUGAAGGAGGCUGAGAAGAAGUGGGCCGAGCAAUACCUUAAGAUCAUGGGAAAGAUCGUAGACCAAGGUGAGGACUUCCCAGCCUCAGAGAUGACCCGGAUCACCAAGCUGAUUGAGAAGAACAAGAUGAGCGAUGGGAAGAAGGAAGAGCUCCAGAAGAGCCUAAACAUUUUGACUGCCUUCCAGAAGAAGGGGGCUGAGAAGCAGGAGCUAUGAAAAGGCACUCCAGGGUUUUCAAGGGUUUGGUGGGGUGGGGAGGGGUAAGCUACCUGCUGGCUGUGAGACCCUCCUGGGAUAUAAGGGAGUGGUAGGAAAAGUGGCACUAAACCAGAAAUCUGAGUAUGCCCAGAUAUUGAUGCUGGUGUGACUAUGCUUGGAACGUCUCUGUAACCAGUCCAGUAUAGCUGGAACAUUUACUCAGAUGGCUUGUGAAAUUCCCCCUCAGAAGGAAUUGGUGCUAUAAAGAAGAGUGUACUGCCCAGGUUUUUGACAGAUAUAAUUCUGAUUCAAUUAAAGUUUCUGUGUUUUGGUUAAAA